AUGACGCCCCCCCGCGCACUCCUCGCCAUCUUCCUCUCGGGCUACCCUUUCCUCUCCCUGGCAGUCCCCGGACCGCCAACCGCAGAUCCUUGCGCAAAGAUUGCUGGGAAAGCGUUUGUGCCACCCGCCGACGCCCUGGCUUGUUACAAAUCGUUCCCAUUCAAUGAAACCAUUCGCCAGAAUGUCCUUGCCAACAUGGCUCGCGUUUUUGACUUCUUCACGUUCGAGAACUAUUACUCGAACUCCCCACCACCAUUCGAGGAGUCGACGACGAACAUACGUGCCAGUUUGUCCAAGCUUAGUAAAGCCGAAUUUCAUACCGACUAUGAUUUCCAUAAGGCUCUCUACGAUUUCACGACCCAGCUCAACGAUGGUCACACGCGUUACUUCCCGAACUGUUACACGAUCUUCCAGAACCUCCUUCCUGCCCCUGCGAUCAGCCUCGAAGUGAAUGGAGCUCAGAGCCUUUACAUUGCGCCAGAUUCUGUCGAAUUCCUUAGUCUACUGGGCACCGAAUAUACAGGUUACUUCGACUCCAUCAACUUCAAUUGGAAACGCCUUGCAGGCGCGAAGGUAUUACAGGUCGAAGGGAUGGAUCCAUACGCUUACGUCGACCUCAUUGCGAAAACCGUGUCUGGCAACUACCUCGACCAUGGCAUUCGGGUUAAUUCAGUAUUCACCAGUUAUCGCAUCUCUGCAGCCGACUUUUCGCAACGUCUCGGAGAUUUUGCUGGACCAGUGGACGUUUCGAAGUCAUUCCUUACGGUCAGGCUCGUUCCUGUUGAGUCCACAGAGUCCGAAACCGUAGAAAUCCCCUUCCUGGCGAACUAUUUUGGGGAGGAUUUCACAGAUAAAGAUUCUUAUUGGGCCAAUAAUUGUGCCGCCAAUGAUGCGACAAAUGGCAUUGACAUACGCUCCCAGUCUAGCUUCGCGAGAUCUAUCAAGAAGCGGCCUAAGGCAGACAUUAUCGAUCUUUCUGAUAGCAAAGGUGUUGGCCUCCCAGAACAAUUCCACCCCUCUGCGCCUCCUACUGCAGGCAGCGACGAUGUCAUCAAAUCGUACAUCCUCCCAGGAAACAAAACCGGCGUCAUGUUUGUCGGCUCGUUCUCCCCUGGUAAUUUUGACCGAUUCCAAAGCGACACUGUCGCAGCUAUCACUGCAUUCAAGGCGGCAGGCGUCAGCCAGCUCUUGAUCGAUUUGACAAACAAUGGGGGCGGUUACGUGUGUCUUGGACAAUUCCUGCACCAAUAUCUUGCUGGUUCGCAAAUUGGCUACCCCGGAUUCCAGUCGACCCAGCGAGGUAAUCUUCUAGCGCGGAAGGUCGUGGCUGCCCAUGUCGCCAUGGGCGACGACGAUGUUUCGACGUUCUACAGCCCUGCAAACUGGGCUUUCUUGAACGGCACGAUUUUUCCGAACACAUACAACUACGACGAGCCAGUUUCUCCGCUCGUGGUAAAUGGGGUGUUCGAUCCGACAUCCCAGCGCUUCCACGACACUUGCGAAUUCUCGUUUUCACAACCUAUCCCUGAAACCCCACCAUUCGAUCUGAGCAAGGUCGCGAUUGUAUCUAAUGGAAACUGUGCUUCUACUUGCGCUAUGUUCAGCACUUUGAUGAACGAGAGGCACGGCACCAAAAUAGCUGUGUUCGGCGGAAAACCGAGCGAGCAGAUGGAGUUCAAAGGCAUGGCAGGUAACCAGGUGCUUGAGUGGUUCGACCUCGACACGGAGAUCAAGUCAGUCGGUCUGAAGGAUGAUCCUUUGGCACCUCCUGACCUAAUUGUUAACUCCAACUUCCGCCACAACUGGCGUACUGCUUGGAGUUUCCUGGACGAAAGCAAGCCUAUUGCUCCUCAGGCUAUCCCUGCUCCUGUUGAAACGGACCCAUGUGCUAAGAUUGCCUGGAAGACGUACAUGGACCCGGCAGAUGCACUGGCGUGCUACAAAUCAUUCCCAUUCGAUGAAAACCUUCGUCAAAAUAUCCUUACUAACGUAGCCCGCGUGUUCGACUUCUUCACAUUCGAGAACUACUAUCUGGACUCCCCAGUGCCUUUCCAAGACUCUACGGUUGACAUUCGGGCGACGAUAGCCAGGCUGAACACGACAAAGUUCGAGACGGAUUACGAUUUCAACAAGGCUGUGUACGAUUUUAUCAACCAACUUAAUGACGGGCACACUCGCUACAUUCCCAACUGUUAUACCGUUUUCCAGAAUGUCAACCCUGCGCCAAUUAUCGAUCUCGAAAUUAAUGGCGUUCAAGGCAUCCACAUUGCUCCUGAUGUUGUCGCUGUCGUCGACGAAAUCGGAUAUUGGUUUAAGGAAUACUUCGACUCCAUCGAAUUCAAUUGGCAACGCCUCGCUGGUGCUCGAUUGGUCGAAGUUGAGGGCAUGGAUCCGUACGCAUACGUCGACCACAUCGCCACAACAGUCUCCGGAAAUCACCUCGAUCACGGCAUCCGCGUCAACUCGGUGUACACAAGCUACCGUGUUUCUGGCAUCGGCUUCACACAGCGCAUGGGGGACUUCGCUCAAUCUUUGGACAUCACGAAGACCCACCUUAAAGUCAGACUCGUGCUUGCGAACUCGACAGAGGUUGAGGAGGUUGAUAUUCCUUUUGCCGCAUAUUACACAGGCAGAAACUUCGACGACAAGGUUUCAUACUGGACAAACAAUUGUCUCGCUCGCGAAGAAACGAACGGCGUCGACCUGAAUGUCAUGACCAACCAAACAAACAUCACCGUCACCAGGUCUAUUCCCCCUCCAGACUUCAGGAAAGAGCCCAGAGCCGACAUCAUCGACCUCUCGUUCAACAACCCAGUCCCUCUUCCGAAAGCAUUCCUUCCUGAUGCUACGCCUAUGCCUGGCACCUCUGCUAUCAUCAAACCCUAUCUGCUCCCCGACAAUGAGACCGGUGUCAUCUUCAUUGGGUCAUUCGUGCCUUGGGAUUUCAUCAGUUUCCAACAAGAUAUUGUCACUGGUAUCACUGCGCUGAAGGAGGCUGGUGCCACGAAGCUUCUCAUCGACUUGACGAAUAAUGGAGGCGGAUACAUUUGUCUGGGCCAGUUCCUGCACAACUACCUUGUGGGCUCGCAGCUCGAUUACCCUGGGUUUCAAUCCACCCAACGCGCUGGACCUCUUGCGCGGAAGAUGGUGGCUGCCCAUGUUGCUCUUGGACACGAGGCCAUCCGGACUUUCUUCAACCCAACCCAAUGGGCGUUCUUGAAUGGAACCAGGAUGCCCAUGAGCUACAACUACUAUGAGCCGGUCGUUGAGCUGGAAUUAAAUGGUCAGGCAGAUCUUACUUCCCAGCGCUUCCAUGACACCUGCGCGUUCGCUCAGCCGAUUCCUGAUGUUCCACCGUUCGAUCUAAGCAAAAUCGCUAUCGUGACCAACGGUGCCUGCUCCUCAACCUGCGCGAUGUUUAGCACGGCGAUGAACGAACGAUAUGGUACGAAAAUCGCGGUGUUUGGCGGACCAAAAGACAAGGACAUGGAGUUCAAGAGCAUGGCGGGCAACCAGGUGCUUGAGUGGCGCGAUCUCGACACAGAAAUCAAAUCUGUUGGUCUGAAAAACGAUGCUUUGGCCCCUCCCGACUUCCUUGUCAACGCCAAUUUCCGACACAAUUGGCGCACUGCAUAUAGCUGGAUAAAUAAGAGUGAGCCCAUAGCGUACCUGUCAUCGCGUCCCACGUUCCGCUUCCCAUACACCAUCGACACCUACACCAACCCACAGAACCUGUGGACUUUCGCGGCUUCCAAACUAUUCGACUGA